CGAUGUCAUCGUCCAUUCUCUGCUGGAUGUCGUGAACACACCCCAAUAUGUCCCACUCUUACCAGGACGAGGACGAGCCAGCCGCCGUCCAGCCGCGGGUGCGUUAUGAGGGCGAAGACACCAGUCCGACGACGACGAGAGAGCUCAAUGGUUGGUAUGCGUAUCCCGUUGCGGCUGAGGUGUUUGCUGUGGUUGCUGUUGGCGCCUUCCUCCCUGUAGUCCUUGAGCAGCUUGCGAGAGAGAAUGGGCAUUUCUUCUCUGACAGGUCGAAGCCUUGCGUCGAGCAUGCCGGAAGUGUGCGGAUGCGUGCUGAGAAUGGUACGGCGGAUGGCCAGAAAGAGCAGUGCAUGAUACGAAUGCUGGGCAAGGACUUGUCGACAAGCAGUUUCUCAUUGUACACCUUCUCGGCGGCUGUCCUCGUACAGGCUAUUGUGCUCGUGCUGUUCAGUUCGUUUGCUGAUCAUGGGCCGUACCGCAAGAAGAUGCUCAUGAUUUGCGCCUACACUGGCUCGAUCGUCAGCAUGCUCUUCAUCUUCAUAACGCCUUCGAUAUACUACCUUGCCCCGAUACUAGUUAUUCUCGGGGUCACCAGUCUGGGCUUCUCCUUCGUCCUGUUGAAUGCUUUCCUGCCAUUACUAAUCGCUAAUCAUGCUUCCGAAUCGGAUCUGAAGUCUCUCAACUUCGAGUCGUCUACCUCCCUGGACCAGGAGCUUGAGAGCUUCAAUCCCAACGGUGACAGCGGUGGGCAUCGAAUGAACCCGGAGAAGCUAGCCAAAGAUCUGAAACGGUCUGCGGUCAUAUCCAGCAAAGCUGUUGGCUACGGCUACAUCGCGGCCGUCUUCGUCCAAGUUAUAGCCAUUGGAAUCCUUUUCGGUUUCAGCAAAACUUCGUUCGGCAAGGCGCACCCAACCAUCUCCAUGCGUGUCAUCCUCUUCGUCGCAGGGCUGUGGUGGGCGGUAUUCACCAUACCCACCCUCCUCUGGCUCCGGCCCCGUCCUGGCUCGCCAUUACCUACAAUCCAAGACCGCUCCUAUGGCAAGCAGCCGACGAGGCUCAAGCGCUUCCUCCACUACCUCUCCUUCUCCCUCGGCUCAUUCUGGAUCACGCUCCGCCGUGCAAUCCGCCUCCGUCAAACACUCCUCUUCCUCAUCAGCUGGUUUCUCCUCUCCGACGCCGUCGCCACUAUCUCCGGCACCGCCGUGCUCUUCGCACGCACAGAGCUGCAGAUGAGUACCAUAGCCAUCGCGCUGCUGUCCAUCACCUCGAUUGGCUGCGGCAUCAUCGGCGCUUUCGCGUGGCCGCGCGUCGCAGCGCGCUUCGCCCUCCAGGCCAAAACAGUUCUGCUGCUGUGCGUCGCCGGCAUGGAGAUUAUCCCUCUCUACGGUCUGCUGGGCUACGUCCCGCUGUUCCAGCGCCUGGGCUUCAUUGGGCUGCAGCAAGCAUGGGAGAUCUACCCCAUUGCCGUCAUCCACGGCAUCGUCAUGGGCGGCAUCAGCUCGUACGCGCGCUCCGUGUUCGCCCCGCUGAUCCCCGAGGGACGCGAGGCGGCGUUCUUCGCACUCUACGCCGUCACAGAUAAGGGGAGCAGUGCGUUUGGCCCCGCGCUGGUGGGUUACAUUGUCGAUCGCGCUGGGAGCAUUCGUCCGGCGUUUUUGUUCUUGGCCGUCUUGGUCGUGCUGCCUGCGCCGUUGCUGUGGGUCUUGGAUGUGGAGAAGGGAAGGGAGGAUGCGAGGUCCAUGGCGGAUCAUGAGGUUGUGGGGAGAGGGAGCUAUGAGAGGGUUGGGCUAGGUGUGGAGUAGUAUCUUUGUUCAGAGGGAUGGAGAACUACGGGAUGACGCUACGACAUUAUGAUCAAUCAAAUAAAAUAAGAGCAUAUCUGCAAGAGAG